UUCUUCCCUUUUGCUUCCCGCGGAUUCUCUCUUUCAUUCUCACCAUCUUCGUCUUCAACCUGCCGUCUGUGAGAAUCUCGCCGCCGAUCAGCCGAGCCAUUGGACCGGAGUCAUGUUUCUAUCGAGAUACAUUGGGAGAACUUUCCUUGCUGCAGCUAAGUCGGAGACUUCAGUUGCUGCUGCAGCCGCUACUUCUUCAGUUAGGACAGGAUACAACCCUCUUGAGGAAUUCUUUGAGGUAGACAGAAGUCCAGAAGACGAUAAGCCGGUUGUCUAUGGUCGUAGUUGGAAAGCUUCUGAACUGCGCUUGAAGUCUUGGGAUGACCUUCAAAAGUUGUGGUAUGUCCUGUUGAAGGAGAAAAACAUGCUGAUGACACAACGACAGAUGCUUCAUGCCCAAAAUCUUCGCUUUCCUAGUCCUGAGCGAAUUCCCAAGGUGAGGAAGUCAAUGUGUCGUAUCAAGCAUGUGCUUACAGAGAGAGCAAUUGAAGAACCUGAUCCAAGGAGGUCUGCUGAGAUGAAGAGGAUGAUAAAUGUCUUGUGAUGGCGUCCGGUUUCUCCUUUCUUCAACCAUACUCUCUGUUGGGUAUGUCGGUGUUCUGCAAUAUAACCUUCUUGCUCUGAAUUUAGAAUCAGUGACUUUAGGCAAUUCACAACGUAUUGCCUUAUGAUGUGGAGGGACUGUUAGUUGCCUGUUUAUGAGUUAAGUUUAGCAAUAGUGUCUUUUCUGUC